AAAAAAAAAAAAAAAAAAAUUACUUGCACUUCAAUAUAUAAAACAGAAAAAAGUUAUUUUCUCCCCAGCAAUUUAAAGUGUUCUUGUUAUAAAACCCCUGAACUCCUCUUAAAAGCUUUGGGAUCCCCUGGCGCCCAAAUGGAAAAUCAUUGCUGUAGGGACAGCAAUUUACAUUUCGUUAGCUCAAACAGUAUGUACAACCAUUUUUUUUCUGGUGUAGGAGUAUUAAGAAGUAAUUAUUUAAAAAAUUUUAUUGAUACAUAAUAGAUGUAUAUAUAUUUGGGGGUAAAUGUGAUAAUUUAAUACAUCCAUGUAAUUUGUAAAGAUUCAAUCAGUGCCAUUGGGAUAUCUGUCACUUUAAAUAUUUGUCCUUUAUAAGAAGCAAUAAUAUUAAACUUUAUUGGGCACUCACUAUGUUUGGGACAUUAUGUUAAUGGGCUUUAUAUACAUGAUCUCAUUUAAUUCUCACAACAAUGCUGUGAGGUAGAUGUAAUGAUUAUUUCCAUUUUGUAGAUGAGGAAAUGGAGGCCUGGAGAGGUUACGUACUUGUUCAUGGAUACACAGCUAGGAAGUGGAAGAGCUGGGACCCAAAGCCCACUCACUUAACCAGGACACAACCUUGGGCCUGGUCUGCUGGGGUCUCACUUCCCAAACCCCUCACCCCCCCAUGCCCAGCACCUGGAACCAUCACUGUGGGGGCUGUACACUGAGGGUUGUCUCCCAUUUGUGACAAAACUAUAAUGGACUAGAGUGAAACAAAAAUGCAAUGUAUGUCUCUAAUCUUCAGGCAACGCCAGCUCCCAGACACCCCGCCCUAUUCUGCAUCCGACUCAUGCUCUCCUCCGCAGGUCAAAGGUGCAUGCUACCGAACCCUGAGGCCCACAGCUGGGAGGACUCCAGCUCCUUUUCUCCACUCCACAGCUGCUCCUGCGAUGCCCCCCAUGCACCCGCUGCAGAGCACCUCUGGAAUGGGCGACUCCAGCCAAAUCCACGGAGGCUUUCACAGCUGCCACUCAAACGCCAGUCAUCUUGCCACCCCCCUGGACCAAUCCGUGUCCUCCCAUCUGGGGAUAGGUUGUUCUUACCAUCAGCAGCCUCUGUGUCACAGCCCUGGAGCCUCAUUGCCUCCAACUAAGAAGAGAAAGUGCACGCAGGCACUGGAGGACUCCGGGGAAUGCCGAGUGUGGGCCUGCCACUGCAGACCGAUGACAAGUAGGAGUCGCAGCAGUGAAGUCCAGGACCCUGACAGUGAGGGACAGAACGGAAUGCCUACAGACCAGUGCUCUCCUGCUCUGAAGUGGCAACCAUGCCAUAGUGUUCCUUGGCACAGCUUAUUAAACAGUCAUUAUGAAAAACUACCUGAUGUGGGCUAUCGAGUUGUAACAGACAAAGGAUUUAAUUUUUCACCAGCAGAUGAAGCUUUUGUUUGCCAAAAGAAGAAUCAUUUCCAGAUAACCAUUCACAUCCAAGUUUGGGGAAGUCCAAAAUUUGUUGAAACCGAGAUGGGCCUAAAGCCAAUAGAAAUGUUUUACUUGAAAGUUUUUGGCAUUAAGGUGGAAGCCACCAAUCAAAUAAUUGCUAUUGAACAGUCCCAAGCAGAUAGGAGCAAAAAGAUUUUCAAUCCUGUUAAAAUUGACCUACUGGCUGACCAGGUCACCAAAGUAACACUGGGACGAUUACACUUCAGCGAAACCACAGCAAAUAAUAUGAGAAAAAAGGGAAAACCAAAUCCAGACCAGAGAUACUUCAUGUUGGUGGUUGGACUGUAUGCUGCUAACCAAGACCAGUUCUAUCUGUUGUCUGCCCACAUCUCUGAAAGGAUCAUUGUAAGGGCCUCUAACCCUGGGCAGUUUGAAAAUGACAGUGAUGCAUUGUGGCAGCGAGGACAAGUUCCAGAAUCUAUUGUCUGUCACGGUCGAGUAGGAAUCAACACAGAUGCGCCGGACGAAGCCCUGGUUGUCUGUGGCAACAUGAAAGUGAUGGGGACCAUCAUGCAUCCCUCUGACAGCCGGGCAAAGCAGAAUAUCCAGGAGGUUGACACGAAUGAACAGCUGAAAAGAAUAGCCCAAAUGAGAAUUGUUGAAUAUGACUACAAACCUGAAUUUGCAUCUGCAAUGGGAAUAAACACUGCCCAUCAAACAGGAAUGAUUGCCCAGGAGGUGCAAGAAAUCCUGCCCAGAGCAGUAAGAGAGGUUGGUGAUGUCACCUGCGGAAACGGAGAGACCUUGGAGAACUUCCUCAUGGUGGAUAAGGACCAGAUCUUUAUGGAAAAUGUAGGUGCAGUGAAGCAACUGUGCAAACUAACUAACAACCUUGAGGAAAGAAUAGAAGAGUUAGAAAUAUGGAACAGAAAGCUGGCCCGGCUAAAGCGGCUCAGUAGUUGGAAGUCAUCAGCCAGUGAAGCAAGCACAAUCAGCAAAUCUAGCAGAGCCGUUAGUGCAUCUUCUCCAAGAAGGGCCGUUCAUAAAAAAAACAACAAGGUUUAUUUUUCAGGAAAAAGACAGGCGUGUCCUAAUUGGGUUUUCCAGACCUUGGUUAUAACUCUGAUUGCUGUGAUGGCAUUUUGUGCUUUGACGAUAGUUGCCCUUUAUAUACUUAGCUUAAAAGAUCAAGACCGACAUGUCCCAAAUCUCCCUCCAAGCAAUAUCACAAGCUCACAGGAGCCGGCUCUGCUGCCCACAGCCUCCUCCUCAGCACCUAAUACAUCCCUGGUAACCACACCGGCCUCCUUACAAGUACCUGAAAUUACUUUCUGUGAAAUCCUGCCGUGUCAGGAGACUUAUUGCUGCCCCAUCCGGGGAAUGAAAGAAGUCUCUUCAAGUCCUGUGCAAAGACAAUCUGAGGAGAAGGAAUUCCAUCAGAGGCGAUGGUCAGAAGACAAAAGCAAAUCAGUUUUGACAAGAAAUGCACUUAGCAGCCCUGACUGGGAGAGUGACUGGAUUGAUACAACCAUCAGUUCUAUUCAGAUUAUGGAAAUCCAGCAAAUAAUAGAUCAUCAGUAUUGCAUUCAAAGCCUCCAGUGCGGAUCUGGAAAUUAUAAUUACAAUAUUCCUGUUAAUAAACACACACCCACCAAUGUCAAGUUCUCUCUGGAAAUAAACACAACAGAGCCAUUGAUAGUCUUCCAGUGCAAAUUCACCCUUGGAAAUAUAUGUUUCCAUAGUAAAAGGGGAACCAAAGGGAUGGAAAGCCACAGAGAAAUCUCCCAGGAGAUGACACAGGGAUAUCAGCACAUUUGGAGCCUCCCUGUAGCCCCAUUUUCUGACAGCAUGUUCCAUUUCCGUGUAGCUGCACCGGAUUUAGCUGACUGUUCAACUGAUUCUUAUUUUGCUGGGAUAUUCUUCACCGAUUACUUCUUUUACUUCUAUCGACGCUGUGCCUAAUUUGUUCAAGUUUGGGGACUUUACCAAAGAAAAAUACUCAGGAAUACAUUUAACAGAAACGAACAUCCUCUUGCAACUUCUUUUUUCUUCUUUGUAAAACAUUUACGUUUAUUGCUGAAGGACUUUUUCAGGCUUUAGCUUCCAACAGUUUUGAGACAUUAAUGAGGAGAAUAAAAUGUUUGCUGAAACUUGAAAUAAUGUGAUGUUUGAUUCUGCCAUGACUAUGAAGAAAACAUUUCCUGGAGCAAACAGUUCUGUUGAAUUUAAAAAUACUAUUUCUGGUAUUAAGGAAGUUGUGAGCUCAAAAUAAGGAGAUCUAGCCUCUAUUUUGUUUUAAUGUAUUUUAAAGCUUUUGAAAAAACCAAAAGGGCCAUGUUGACUUCGGCCCACUAAACAUAGACUCUUGAGAAUGUGUGGUAUGGUAUGUGGAGGAGUUGGGGGGGGUGGUAUCUGAUACUGAGCUCACAUUUAGGCAGAUUGUCCUGUGUGUGUGUGUAUUGUGUAAACACAUACACUAGAGCACAGAAUGUAGCUUGUUAAUCAAAUAGAUUUAAGAGAAAUAAUUGCAACUCUGCUUUGCAAUGCUUGAUGGACACUAAACUGUGUGGGUAGGAUAUGCCCCCUUGUAAAGAUGGAAACUCCUAUACCCCAGAGCGCACUGAAAUGAAUCAAACUAGCCAGUCCUAAGCCUGCUUACUCUGCCUCACCUGUUCCUUCCCUCAGAUUACCACAAUAAAGGGUCAUGUCUGCAGUUCCUCCUUCUCCCUCUGCCUCCUGACUGUUCGCCCUGGGAAUAGUCCUGGUUCCCCGGGUGGCUCCCUCUGCCAUGCCCUGCCCCUUUGUCUUGGGGACUGUGAGUAACAAACUAUCAUUUGGAUGGCAAUUAUCUCCUCAUCUGCUGGUCUUAUACCUCAAAUUUUCUAUUAACACACUAUUUUUUAGAAAAUGGAGAUCCAAGCCACCAUCACUGUAGUUCCAGGUAACCGGGACGCUGAAUGGCUGGCUUUGCCUUAUCUCAUUGUUGGUCUCUGGGUCAAUUAGGAUAAGAAAUUUGAUUUUUUUUAGCGUCACAGAGGUAAUCAGCAGCAAUAAAACAUCCUCUUCCUUAUUUUCA